ACUCAUUUCUCCCGACUCGAUCGGCUGCCGACGAACAGCCGCCACUGGUCCGCGCCUUUGCCUGCUCGUUGCAGCCCGCGGUCUCGUCGUCGCGAAACUCGCAAAAGUCAAAGUCGGGUCCGGGCAGCAAGCAAGGGCCGGCCGCCUGCUUCUUCUUUCUCUCCCUCAGUCACCCACCUGCAGUAGCCCGAAAGGACGAUGGACGACAACCGCCAGAGCGAAUGAUGCCGGCCGAAAAUGCGGACGAGACGGACCUUCGAAAUUAGGAUGACAGAAUCGCCAAGCACACAGCAACAAGAUGACGACUAAACGCAAUUGGCCCAACUUCGCUGUCCCGUUCCUAGCCAUCCUCAUCGUAGUCACAGUAUGGCAGAUAUUCUACUCCCCCAACAUGCCCACAGAGAUCCCUCAGUACACCAAGGCUGCUUACACCCUGUACACCAACCUGAGCAACUACAUCUACCCCGUGGAAACUCUAACGGACACAGAUUACAACCAGCUUAUCGACCUAAAUUUCACCUUCCAGAUGAACAACUUCGUCUGUAACGAAACAUCACCCCUAGUUCUAGUCAUGAUACACACCUCCCCCAGCAAUUUCGCGAAGAGGAAGACCAUAAGAGAGACCUGGGGGACGUACAAGGACAAAGUCAAGUACCUGUUCGUAGUUGGAGACGUGGAGAACUCAACCUUAAAGAGGAAGCUGAUAGAGGAGAACCAGAACUACUCCGACUUCACCCAAGGUUCUUUCAAGGACGCUUACAGGAACCUAACCUACAAACACGUGAUGCUGUUCAAGUACGUGAUCUACCACUGUCCCGAAGCUAAAUAUAUCAUCAAGACAGACGACGACGUCUUCGUCAACAUGCCUACCAUGAUGAACUUCUUGACGCAAGACAUGUCGCCCUAUGGUGCUGGCAAUCUUCUGUUCUGCAACACGAGGGUCAACUCUAGGGUGCUUAGGAGCUACAGAUCAAAAUGGCGGGUGUCUUUCAGCGAAUACCCCGCCAAAAACUACCCCACCUACUGCCCUGGCUGGUUCUUGCUGUACUCGCAAAAUGUUGUAUUCGAACUCUACAAGGAAGCCCAGGUUGCACCGUAUUUCUGGAUCGACGAUAUCCACCUCACAGGUACCUUAUUCAAGAAGCUCAACCUGGUGCACGAGGACUCCAAGCCUUACAUGAUCAGCCUACAAGAAAUGGACGAUGUGGUCGACGGUGGAAACAUUACGAGGCCUUUCUUGAUCGGGCAGCCGAAUCUCGAGGAGAAACAAAUACGAUCCCUCUGGUCCUUUGUAGAUUCCCAUACCGUACCUAGAAAUGUUAUCCACGACGUCUACCCAGAUAGGAAACUCAUAGAAUCACCGAUGAAGACCAGAUUUUUCCUACUUCCGAUGAUACCAAUAUUGAUCCUUUUCUACCUCUUGUACCAGAUAUUCCAAGAGCCAGAUGACAUAUCCAACGUGCCACACUCAUAUAUAGCCGAGAUCAAAACCUUUACUAAAAAAGAUAGUGAAAACCACAACCAUCGUCAGUAUAACAAUGGAGACUACCACCAACUCAUCGAUAUAGAUUUUGAGUUCAGAACUCUACCUCUUACAUGCAAGUAUCGCCAUCCUUUUCUUCUCAUAUUGGUCCACUCAGCUCCUGUCAACUUCGAGAAGAGGAAAGCUAUAAGGGAGACAUGGGGGAGGUCUAGUGAUAAAGCCAAAUUAGUCUUUCUGCUUGGGUCCAGUGACAAUUCAGGGACUACAGAGAAGAUGAGGCAGGAGUUUAAUACAUAUUCCGAUAUGGUGAUAGGAUCUUUCGUAGAUACCUACAAGAAUCUAACUUAUAAGCACGUUAUGGGUUUCAAAUACGCUUUGUACCACUGCAAAGAAGCUACUUAUGUCCUGAAGACAGACGAUGAUGUCUUUGUCAACCUGCCGAGCUUCGUGGAGUACAUGGAAUCAAAUGUAUCUCCUUAUGGAGCAGAGAAACUUAUAAUGUGCAACGUUUGGCAUGGCGCACAUGUUUCCAGAUCGUACAAGUCAAAAUACAGGUUCUCAAUUAAAGAGUAUCCUUCAAGAACCUUCCCAACUUAUUGCUCUGGCUGGUUCAUACUUUAUUCUAAUGAUGUUGUGUAUGAUCUUUACGUCAGGGCUCAGAAUUCUGAGUAUUUCUGGGUAGAUGACGUGUUUGUAACAGGGAUUCUCGCCCAGAAAUCUGAACUUACUCAUUUUAACAUACGGGAUUUUGUGAUAUCCAAGAGUAAAAUGGAUAAGAUUGUUUCUGGGGUUUGUGAUGGUUCCAGUAGGAAGUUCUUGUUGGGUAGACCGAAUAUACCGGCAGAUGUCGUGAGGAAACUGUGGACCUGCGCUAUGUUGAACCACGAAGAAAUUUAUUCUUGAAUUUAGAUACUCUUUGUGUAUUAUUUUGGAAUAUUUCGAGUAUUAUUUGAUAGACUCUUAGGUGAAUUAAUUUAUUUGAAUUAUGUUCCUAUUAAGUUUAAAGUUCUGUAUCGAUUUGAAUCUAAACUUUAAUUUUUUCAUUGUAGUGAGUUUAAUAAAUCAUUAUUUUUGGAUUUU